GCGGGGGAGGGCCGAGGCCUGCUUCCGCCGAGCGCCGGUCCGACCCCUCGGCCUCCCCGUCCGCGGCGCGCCGGGCCGGGCCUCCGCCUUUGUUGCCCGCAGCCCCGCCGGCGAGAGGCCGGGGCUUGGCGAAGGCCUGGGGCGGCGGCGCGGGGCCUGCGCGGCUCACAGCCCGCCGCCCGGCCCGCUCGGCCGCUCCUCGGGCUCGGGCUCGGGCUCGGGCUGUGGUCCAGGGGCCGGAGGGCGCGCGGGCUCGGGAGGGCCCAGGCCGCGUCGGUGCCGCCGCCGCCCCCGCCCGCCGGGAGGUCGCGCCGGGGGCCCCCCGCGUGUGCCGCGCGUGACGGUGCUGCUGGAUGGGAUUUACUCGCACGGAUGUGGGGGCCGUGGGCUUUUCAGCGGCCCCUGGAAGCGAGACAGGCCUUAAUUUUCAAUUUGCUUCAGGAGUUGGCAACUUCGGGGACACCAUGGUGGCUCAUUAUGUGGCACAACUAUUGACGUUUCUCGGUGGCAGGUCCUGGCACAGAACUUGGAAUGCGCGCAGCCGGCUGGAUGCCAACUUCACAGGGACGGCUCCGGAGGGUCUGCGAGGCCGGGCGAGGCCGUAGAUGCGGCAUCGCGGCCUCCCCGGGUGCGUGAGGAGCGCUUUGCGGCGAGCGGCUGAGCCUCGUGCGGGGAGCGCGUCACCAUGAAGAAGAUCAGCCUCAAGACCUUCCGGAAGUCGUUCAACCUGAGCAAGAGUAAGGAGGAGACGGAUUUCAUGGUGGUGCAGCAGCCGGCGCUGGCCGGCGACUUCGGGAAGGACGAGCCCUUGUUCGGCGGCUGCUACGGGAAGGAGCUGGCGGGCUGCGACCUGAGCGGCGACGCCGAGCAGGGCGGGAAGGGCCGCUCCAAGAGCGAGAGCCUCAUGGGGACGUUGAAACGGCGGCUGUCGGCGAAGCAGAAGCAGAAGGGCAAGGGCGGCGCGGCGGCCGGCGGCUCGGCCGACGACGACACCUUCUCCUCCUCGUCGGCGCCGCUGGUCUUCAAGGACGUGCGCGCGCAGCGGCCCAUCCGCUCCACGUCGCUGCGCAGCCACCACUACAGCCCCACGCCGUGGCCGCUGCGGCCCACCAACUCGGAGGAGACGUGCAUCAAGAUGGAGGUGAGGGUCAAGGCCUUGGUUCACGCGUCCAGUCCGAGCCCGGCCCUGAACGGGGUGCGGAAGGAUUUUCGCGACCUGCAGUCGGAGACCGUGUGCCCGGAGCAGAGCAGCUCCCUCAAGGGCUCCGAGUCCCAGCACGGGGACCUGCACCUGCACCUCGAGGAACACGUGCCUGUCGUUAUCGGACUUGUGCCUCAGGACUACAUUCAGUACACCGUGCCUUUAGACGAGGGGAUGUACCCGCUGGAGGGGCCGCGCGGCUACUGUCUGGACACCUCUUCGCCCAUGGAGGUCUCCGCGGUCCCUCCGCAGGUGGGAGGCGGCUCCUUCGCCGAAGACGAGAAUCAGGUAGACCAGGACCUCGUGGUGGCCCCGGAGAUCUUCGUGGACCAGGCGGUGAACGGCCUGUUGAUCGGCACCACCGGAGUCAUGCUGCAGAGCCCCCGAGCGGGUCACGACGACGCCCCCCCACUCUCACCGUUGCUACCUCCGAUGCAGACCAAUCCAGUCCAAAGGAACUUCGGGGCGCUCGCCGGCACAGACGCCCACGUGGCCGAAAGCAUGCGCUGCCAUUUGAAUUUUGACCCGAACUCUGCCCCUGGGGUGGCGAGAGUGUACGACUCGGUGCAGAGUAGCGGUCCCAUGGUUGUGACGAGCCUUACGGAGGAGCUGAAAAAACUGGCGAAACAAGGGUGGUACUGGGGACCCAUCACGCGCUGGGAGGCAGAAGGGAAGCUGGCGAAUGUGCCAGAUGGCUCUUUCCUUGUUCGGGACAGUUCUGACGACCGUUACCUUUUGAGCUUGAGCUUCCGCUCCCAUGGCAAAACACUUCACACGAGAAUCGAACACUCCAAUGGUAGGUUUAGCUUUUAUGAACAGCCCGACGUAGAAGGACAUACGUCCAUCGUUGAUCUAAUUGAGCAUUCAAUCAGGGACUCUGAAAAUGGAGCUUUUUGUUAUUCAAGGUCUCGGUUGCCUGGAUCUGCAACUUACCCGGUCAGACUGACCAAUCCCGUGUCGCGGUUCAUGCAGGUGCGUUCUUUGCAGUACCUGUGUCGUUUUGUUAUACGUCAGUAUACUAGGAUAGACUUGAUUCAGAAACUGCCUUUGCCAAACAAAAUGAAGGAUUACUUACAGGAGAAGCACUACUGAAAGAUUACGAGAACCCUGCAUCUUGCACUUUGGGAAUAAGAAAAAGAGAUUGAAAUACAGUUUACAAACUUACAUUGCUAUCAAAAUCUUUUGCUGCCAUACUAUUUCAGUUUUAUGUGUAAAAGUAAUCAAUUUGUUCAGGGGUGGGGAAGUGUCAGCAAGGUGUCUUGGGUUUAUUUUGGUUCUUUAAAAAGGGAAGUCUUGCGGUUUUGGAAGUGUGAAUUAUCUUUCAUAAAUGUGCAGAAUAAUCACAAUGUGAAUGAUCAGAUUCUCCUUAACCACCCCCCCCAGUCCUUUGCUGCUAUCCACUGUGAUUUUUAUGCAUUAAAAGCACAUUUCAUGUGUAUUCAACCCUAAGUAAAGUUGAAUGAAACCUACAGAAUGAAUAUUGUUAUGUCUCUUUAAGUGGCCCGUUUUCAAAGAUCGUGUUGAAUAAACAUACCCAUAUGAAAAAAUGCAGAAUUUACACAUACACUGAAAAUGAUUUUUAAUCUCGUACUUCAGAUGGAUUUAUUUAGAACUAUGAUUUGACAUAAUCUUGGGUAUUGGAAUGCAGAUCUGCAACAUAACUUCUACAACACUUAUUUCCAAAUUGUUUUUGAGGUUGUGCUGUUUUUUGGUUGUGAAAAGUUGAAUUUUUCUGUUGCCUUCAUUUUCAUCUUGUGGUUUGUCUAUUUUAAUAAAUGGCCUUACAUGAAAAAAAAAUCAUAAAGAAGUGUAUACCACCAAUUUAGAAAUUGUUGCCUUUUCUGUCAUUAAGCUCUGGUACAAAUUGGAAUAACAUAAGAAGACCUAUGGGACUAAAACUAUUAUUGAAGAGACACUAGAUGAUCAUAGUUUCCUGUGAUAGUAAUUUUGUUGUGUUAAUUAUACUUUCCUUUGGUAAAGUGUUUUAUCUGUGAUUUCUUUAGUUUAGCCAACAUUUUCUUUGGGUGAACUUGAUGUAGAACUGACCUUCGUAAAGGACUAGAUUCUCUUGGGACAUUUAAGUUUAUGUAAAGUUUUAAAUUGAUUUGAGUAGAAAACCUUGUUUUAGAUUUGGGUUUAUAUUCUUCUUUUAUGUAGUCACUGUUAAGAUGUGCUAGAUUUGACCCUUCUUUCUCUCCACCAAACAAAACCAAAAAACCUGAUGACUUUAGUUGAAAAAUUGUAUAACUCGUGGAGCCUCCUGUAAGAAGAAUAUUAAAAACCAUAUCAGGUAUAUGGAAGUCUUGUUGCCCAUCGUAUAUACCGCCAUUUAAAAAUCGGUUUUUUGUUUUGUCUUGUUUUAAAUUUAGUUAAGUCUUAAGUAAAUUGGCAGCCAGCAUUAGUUGUUUUAUCUCUGAUUCAGUUGCUUGGGUUGGGGCACAGAAAGAAGUGUGUUAUCCCCAGUACUUUGGUUAUUUUGAAAUUCAGUGUUUAUUCGCUUCAGUGAGUGUUUUGGAAGCAUCCCAUCUAGAAAGUGUUUCCACCUCCGAUGAAACAUAUAAUUUAAGACAUUUCUUCCUUUGCCACUCAGUUUUCCUAUCUCUUACCCCUCAAUUAAGAGUAAAGGUCUUAGGUCACCCUGAAUGCUUUGUCAUUCAGACACGCCAGUGUCCCUGUUUUUUGUUGCUGUUGUUGUUUCUGUUUUUUAGGGUCAGAACUGAGAAAUACCAAGAAAAGGCACAGUAAUACCAUGUUAUGGUAUUUUGACUUAAAGGGGAAAAGGUACUUAAUUUUGGUGGAAUGUUGAUUGUACCUUGUCGCAGACUCCUCUUUCAUUUUCUGAUACGUUUUCACCUAAUAGGACGGAAUAUGGAGUAUACUGUAAUAAUAUAAUUUAAGUGUUCACUGUAAGCUAUUUGGAUUAAGAACUAUAGCAGAGUUGUAAACUUAUCAAAUUAAUGCAAGACAUUUAAACUAUUUUUUUGCAAAACUAUUUAUUUUUAAACAAUUUAAAAUAUAUCUAGGGUGAGUUAAAAGUCCCUGUGCAUCUAUAUUAGAUGGCAGGUAUUGUCACAGAGUCACUGUGUAUUAAUAAUAAAUGUUGAAAUGGCUUCUCCGUGUUUCUAGAAGCAUUUACAUGUACUCUUUGUGAGAUCAUGGUGCACAGAGGUCUUUGGACUGCCCUGAACCCUGUCUCGUCAUGUGGGCAAAGCCUGCCCCCCACGUUUUCCUCAUGAUGCCAUGUGUUCAAGAUCUAGCUAUUUAGUUUCAAGUUAAGAUUAGUUUGAUUUUCAUCUAAAUGUUUUUAAAAUUGUAUUUUGUGUUUUAUGGAGGGCAAGUCUUGAUGCUGUUCUAAUUCAGAAAGCCAGUUUUUUAUGUGCUUUUUGUGUAGUCGUAAUACUUCAAGGUGAAAUGCCCUAUUCUAAUCCAGUUUGAAAUUGCUAGAGUCUGAUAGUGUACUGAU